AUGGCUCAACCAAGUGAAAGUCAAGAGGAGUUACGCCCUUUUAUGGACGCCCGAGUUCUGUGGCCUCCAGAUAUGCCUGACGAUAUGUUGGAAGACGCCGUCAAAAUCGCCAAAGACGCGACCAAUCAAUAUGACAUAGAAACCCAAGGUCAAGAUGUCGCGAAAACAAUCAAGCUGAAAUUCGACGAAAAAUGGCAGCCUUACUGGCACGUGAUCGUCGGCAAAGGCUUCGGCACCCACUGCACACACGAAAGUAGGAGAUUUGUUUAUUUCUACCUUGGGAAGCAUGCUUUUAUGAUUUAUAAAAUUGGUUUCUAA